CCAUUUUUAUGUUUUUUUUUUUUUCAAUAAUUCUGAUUUUCAAACAGGCAGAAAGUUUUCACACCCUGCUGAACCAAAACUGAUCAAUAAUCAAUAGUGAGUCAGACUGACGGCUCUCUGGAAGGUUCUGGUUCGGCUGGUCCAGAACCAGAACCUGCUUGGUGGUGGCAGUGUGAUGCUGUGGGUUCAGGUUCUGGUUCUGCUGGGCCCGGUUCCCUGGUUCUGCUGGGCGUCACGCUGCGGCUGCAGGAUUUGCAUGCAGCUCAUUUGUUUACCACUGUUUACCGGAUUCAAAUGGACCUGUCGGCGCUGGCAGCAGAGCGGUUCUGGAUAGAAUCGGACCCGGCUGCUCAGUUUUCCUCCUCUCGGCUUCAGGAUCGUUUUCAGAAGAUUCUCGUCUCCGGAUCCGACCCGGAAUGGUUCCAGGAUCCGGUUCUUCACCUGCUCUGAUCCCAGUUUGAUUCAGAACCACUGGAGGUUCUGGUUCUGGAGGUCCGGUUUGCUGAGCGGGGAUGGAGAGCGUGAAGGACGACGGCGUGUUCCUCCACACCUUCAGGACGGUUCCGAGCCCCAGGCCCAGCAGAGCCGACAACGUGGGGGCGGAGCCUGCCGGGCCGGCAGAACCGGACCAGGAGAACCGGGCCGGUCUAACGGGCCUGGCCGACAUCGAGUUCCGCAUUCAGCAGCUGCACAGCCGCCGGUUCCUGCUGCUGAAGAUGCAGCGCUGCACCAAGAAGGACGAGCAGAACAGAACCGGAACCGCAGAGGAACUGAUCAGUGAGGAUGAAGAUGAGGAUGACGAGCUGCGGGCCGUGCAGACGGAGCUGGAGGAGCUGCAGGCCAGGAAGGAGGAGCUGCAGCGAAGCGGCGUCACCUUCACGGCCGGCGCCCAAGGAGAUCGCACAGCGCAGCGGCCGUCCUACAAGGAGACGCCGCGCGGAGGAAUCUACAUGCUGCCGCCGCCGCCGGGCGGGGGGGCGGCCGCCGCUGCAGACAGAGCGAGUGACGACGCCCUGCCAGCGGAGCGGCUGGGAAGGACAGCCGGACUCACCAGGUGUCCAUCUUGUGGAGAGCUGGUCGUCACGGAAACCCACAGCGCCGUCAGCGAAAGCAUGUGGCUGCUCUGCUUCCUGUGCUCCAUGGUGGGCUGUGUGGCUGGUUGUUGUCUCGUCCCGUUCCACAUGAAGCGUCUCAGGAACGUUCAUCACCUCUGCCCUCAGUGCCGCCACCAGAUCCACACCUACAAGCUGCUCUGACCAGGAACUAUUCACACCAGGAACUAUUCACACCAGGAACUAUUCACACCCAGGAACUAUUCACACCCAGGAACUAUUCACACACUAUUCUCCCCCACAUUGAAAAUCUGAAUAGUGUGGUGUGCAUUUGUGUUUUCAUCGUCUUCCACCAUCUUUUUGCUGCAGUUCUUUGGAAAACAGCCGACUCUCAGUCAGAUGGGAUAAAAUCAGCUGGCUCCCCGCAGCAUCAUGCAGCCGCUGCUGUGCUUCAGACUGGGAGACAAAUCCAAACACAAACUGCUUCCGUUUGGUUUCACUUUUCAGGAAGCGCUCUACUCUGUGGUGGACAAACGCUGCAGGCUGUGAUGUGGCUAAACGGGGCGAAUAGAGGCUCUGUGUUCGCUGGACCCGGAUUGGACCGGGUCCAGCUGUUUAUUUCCUCUGACAGUUUGAGCUUCUGUUUGGACAUCUGGAGGAAACGAUCGGCCGUCAUAUCUCAUCAUUUCAUCUAACAGGCAAAUGCAGCAGUGGGACGUUGACAUUACGCAACAUUUACUGCAGUUUUACUCAGUUUGCUGCCUGUUGGUGCCGAAGGCUUAAACACCAGCAGCUUCAUUUACUGAGGAUCAGACCCGCUGGUGGUGAUGCAGGUCACUGCCUGGAUUAAUGUCAUGUUCCAGAGUUCAUGUGGGAAAAAGCUUUUCAUUUAUGUAAAAAUCCCCUCAAAUCCUGAGCAGCUCUCACUGUGACACACUGUGUGUGUGUGUGUGUGUGUGUGUGUGUGUGUGUGUGUGUGUUUAAUGAGCGCAGCAGAAAUGCAAAGCAGGAUCAGAGGAAACAGAAACUUUCUGCUUUCAGAAACAGCUGCAGGAAACAUCAAGCUGUGAUCAGACGGCAGAGUUCAGCUGCUCUGAACGUUUUCUGGUCAUAAAGUUUCAAAAAUUAUCUUCAUUAAUUUGGGUCAUUUAGAAAAAAUAAGAGAAAAAACAAGUUUAUUAUUCAAGGCUAUAUUUUCACCAAGUUAUUUGUUCCUUUAUUAAGGUCAGUUGCUAAAGAUUUGGUUACUAUUUGGUGGCAAAUUUAGUUUGAAGCUAAAUUAAUGUAGUUUACCAACAAAAUAUUUAGCUUCAAACUAAACAUUUCAUUUGAAACUAAUUAUUUUGCUUAGAGAUAAAUACUUAGCUCCAAAUUAAAUAUUUGUUAGCAAGCGAAAUAUUUAGCUAAUUUGCAAAUUCACUUACCAAUAAUAUCAUUAAUAAAACUACCAAAAAUAAAAGUUGGGUUUUACAAAUCUCUUCAUGUUACCGUUUUAUUAAAGUCUAUUUGACCUAAAACAAAGUUUGAAUCGUUUUAAAGCAAAUAUAGACGUUUAUUAAGAUGAAUGCUUUAUUCAGUCCGCUCAUCGCAAAGAAUUUGUUUUAGCCAAUUAGCUACAUCAGAAACUAUGAAUAAUUAACCGUUAUUAUUUCAUUACAGACUGAAUGACCCAAAUUAUUGGUGUUAAUUUUUGAAUGUGUAUUGAUAAAAAAUAAAAAAAAAAAGGACCAGACGGGAAAAGAACCGAACCUUGGGACCGGAUCUGACUGACUGGGUGGAAACUGGGAAUCAGAACGUUGCAGUGGUUUCAGGGCCAGCAGCACUCGGUCAGAUUUAAAUGUUGUGGUCAGACAUUAGAAAAGCUGUGGAGUCAAAUGAAGCUAAACUCUAGAGAAGAGCGGCUCGCCUUUCCUCCACAUCAGUCUGAGGUUUUACUCGCCUGCAGAUCAGGCUGAGUUUCUGUUUCACCGCAGAGUCACUUCUCUUUCAGACAUUAAACCGCAGAUAUGAAAUAUCCUGAAAUAUAGAGACGAUGAGUAAACAUGACCCGAGUCAAACAGCCCAGGGCCUCCACACCACCAGGGGCCCCAAGAGCACCAAGCUAGCACGAUUAAUCAUUAAUUAUUCAGAUACAUUUAUGACAUACAUUAAUUUCAUUCAUACAUACUCCAGCCGUCUUCCCACAGAAUGAUGCUGCCACCACCAAGUCAAACUAACCUGCUUCCAUAAUUUCUGAUUUAUUCCAAAACAUUUAUGUUAAAUUAUGUAUAAAUAACUUGUUUCUUUAUGCAGUGAUGUUUGUGUUUCUAAUUUUUACUGGUCGGAUGACGACAUAGUGGUGCCGAACAGAACCAGUCGGGUCCAUUUCUCCCAGUCAAAAACACCAGGAUGACUUGGACAAAGGGAAACUGGGUUUAUACUGGUCAGACUGGUUAAACUGGGAGCAUCAUGGCCUGAGCUCUAAACUCCACCAUGUUUGUGGAGC